UUUAGUUUAUAGCAUUUGAUAUCAAAAUUUUGGGAAGAAGGAUCAGAGAAAUCGUAGAAGGUUUGUUCUGGCAAUGAGAAGUGAAGGGGUUGUGUUGUCGUUCUCCCUUCUUCUUCUAUGGCUGCCGUUAUGCUUCCAAAUAUGUUUGGGUGGAGAUACUCUGAAGGUUAACCAGAACAUAACUCAGGACUCCUCCGAAGGAAACCUUGUUUCAUCAAACGCCACAUUUGAGCUGGGCUUCUUUUCUCCUUCUGGUAUGGAAAAUGGAGAGAAAAGAUACUUGGGGAUAUGGUAUCACGGCUUGGAGCCACAAACAGUGGUGUGGGUUGCUAAUAGAGAUGAUCCUGUUGCAGAUUCCAGUGGAGUUUUUCGAAUUGCGGAGGAUGGAAAUCUGGUGGUAGAAGAUGCAUUCAAAACCCGCUGGUCUUCUGAACUUGGAGCAUCCUCGUCCUCAAACAGAACACUGCAGCUCCUAGAUUCUGGGAAUCUAGUACUAAAAGAGGAUGACUCUGAAACGACAUACCUGUGGGAAAGCUUCCAGAACCCAACAGACACGUUUCUUCCCGGCAUGAAAAUGGAUGCGAGUUUGUCGUUGACUUGUUGGAGAGACUCCGCUAACCCAGCACCUGGGAACUUCACCUUCAAGCUGACUCAACAGGCUGAGACACGGAGCUUCGUUGUGCAAUCUCGAUCACAAAUCUACUGGACACUUGCUGAACUUGACCUUGACAACACAGAAGCGGCUUCCCAAGUGGUAUUUAACUUGUUGAACAACGACAUCUGGAAUACUAAAACGUACAAUUAUUCUAACAAAACACUCUUCGUAUCACAACCUUACACGUACAAUAAAUCAAGGCUUUUGAUGAAUUAUAGCGGGGAGAUAGUGUUUCUGAAGUGGGACGAGAAAGAAUUACAAUGGAAUAAGAAAUGGUCGGGGCCAGAGAGCAAGUGUGACAUGUAUGAUUAUUGCGGGAGCUUCAGCUUAUGUAACAAAGAUAACUCCAUUCCGUGCAGAUGUUUUCCAGGAUUCAGUUCUAUUCAUGUUUCUCGUUCUGACGGAGAAUGGAAGUCCAAAGGGUGUGUGAGAAAAUCAGCAUCGUGUACCAACAACGACGUGAUGUUCCUGAACUUCACCAACAUAAAAGUGGAUGACCCAGACCAAGAAAUUGAUACUCAAACAGAAGCAGAAUGCCAAUCCUGGUGCAUCAACAUGUGUCCACAAUCACAGUGCCAGGCAUAUUCAUUUAAUACUUCUACAUUUCGUGACAGUAAUUCAUACUCGUGCAAUAUCUGGACGCGGCCUUUAACUUCUCUUGUUGAGAACUACCCGCGCGGUCGUGAUCUUUCUAUCUUGGUUAAGACAUCAGAUAUAGCACCAACUGCUAAAUCCUGUGAACCUUGCGGCAUAUAUGCGAUUCCAUAUCCGCUGAGCACUGGAGCAAACUGUGGAGACCCCACGUACAACAACUUCAAUUGCGACAAAUCCACUGGCAAAGUUAGUUUUAUGAUUCCCGGAGGAAGGUCUUACCCAGUAACUUGGAUCGAUGAAGAUACCAGAAUGUUUUUAAUUAAAACAGACUAUUUCUAUUUAUUUAAUUCCAGUUUCAGCAGUCAAAAUAGGACUGAUUUUCCGUUUAAUAUAGCUGAGUAUAUUGAAGAUUCCGUAAUAAAAAUGAAUUGGCUACCAGCGCCAGAACCCCCCUGUAGUAAGCUUACAGACUGCAUGAAUUGGCCAAAUUCAACAUGCAGAGCAACAGGGGAAGGUGGAAGUAGGUGCCGUUGUGAUUCAAACUAUAAUUGGAAUGACACAUUAAUCAGCUGCACCCAAGUUCUUUUCCAUUCUGUGACAGAAGAGCUAUCAGGAAAUCAUUCAACUCGACUAGAAUUGAUUCUUUUACCAACUCUUGGUACCCUGGCUGCUGUGACAUGCAUAAUAGCAUUUGGCAUUGUUUGGAGAAAGAAAAAAGCCCGUAAACUUGAUGGAGCAAGCACCCGAAUUCAGGAGAGCUUGUAUGAGAGUGAAAGACAUGUGAAAGGUUUAAUUGGCUUAGGAAGUUUAGAAGAAAAAGACAUCGAAGGCAUUGAAGUGCCCUUUUACACUUUUGCAAGCAUUCUUGCAGCUACAGAUAAUUUCUCAGAUUCUAACAAGCUUGGAAGAGGAGGUUACGGACCUGUAUACAAGGGAACUUUUCCUGGAGGUCAAGAAAUAGCUGUGAAGAGACUUUCAAGUGUUUCCACUCAAGGCCUGCAAGAAUUCAAGAAUGAGGUUAUUUUGAUUGCCAAACUUCAACAUCGGAACCUUGUUAGACUGAGGGGCUACUGCAUAAAAGGAGAUGAAAAUAUUUUACUCUAUGAAUACAUGCCAAAUAAGAGCUUGGACUCAUUUAUAUUUGACCGUAGUCGAACUAUACUCUUGGAUUGGCCAAUGCGGUUUGAGAUAAUUGUAGGCAUUGCACGAGGCAUGCUAUACCUUCAUCAAGACUCUAGAUUGAGAGUGAUUCAUAGAGACCUGAAAACCAGCAACGUUCUCUUAGAUCAGGAAAUGAAUCCAAAGAUAUCAGACUUUGGUCUUGCCAAAAUAUUUGGAGGAAAAGAAACCGAAGCAAGUACAGAGAGAGUGAUGGGAACCUACGGAUACAUGGCUCCAGAGUAUGCUUUGGAUGGACUUUUUUCAGUGAAAUCUGAUGUUUUCAGCUUUGGGGUGGUUCUGUUGGAGAUUCUUAGCGGAAAAAGGAACACAGGAUUCUAUGAGUCCAAACAAAUUUCCAGCCUUUUGGGUUAUGCAUGGAAGUUAUGGUCAGAGAAGAAGUUACUUGAUAUAAUGGAUCCUAGCCUUGGUGAAACAUGCAACGAAAAUCAAUUCUUCAAGUGUGCCGUUGUUGGGCUAUUAUGCAUACAAGAUGAACCAAGUGAUCGACCCACUAUGUCAAAUGUUUUGUACAUGCUUGAUAUAGAGACAACAAGCAUGCCAAUUCCCACACAGCCAACAUUUUUUAUGAACAAGCGUUAUUCUGGUUCAGCUUCUUCUUCUAGCAAACCAGAAACAAGUCUGAAAUUUGACAGCAGUUACGAACAAGGUCGAUAGUACAUGAUGAAACCCAUGAAAACUGUAUAUUGUUAUAUUAGUUCUAUUUUAUAACAAGUUAGGGUUUUUUGUA